AUGUCCCACCCGGAUCUUUGUUUCCGAGCAGAACUUUGUAAGAUACUAUCAAAUCAAACAGCAAACUUUAAACAGCUAAUACGAGUUCACGCACACUUAGUUCGUCAAGAACGCUUUGCCGAAAUCUCUACAAAUCGCGAGACCAUCACUCAACAAGCACACGACCUCCACGAAUCCUGGAAAGAAAUAAUUAAAAGUGUAUACCGUGAUCUACGCAUAGAAUCACGCACGUGGACUUCGGAAGAGAUUGACAUUUGGAUCUGGCUCACGAAAUUCAUCACGAACAGCAUACGGGUCGGAUACCUUUUUGCGGAUCCGGAAAACUGUAUUGGUACUGCAGCACCAGAAGCUUCACCACCAAUUCCAUUCGAUGAAAUUCUGUAUACCCUACAAAUGGUCGAAAUAGAAUUCGUGCGAUUAUCUUGUCGCCUUUUGAGCUAUUAUGAAGUUUAUCCAGAAAAUCUGCGCAACAAAUAUUUGCCAAAGAUUACGAAUAAUUAUUCGUCGUCGUUAAGUGAGUAUCGCGAGUCGUUGAGAAAGUGGAUCUAUGAUGACUCGGAUAGUUGUUUGGUGGUCGGUGAACGUGGCAAAAAACUGCAGCCUGAUUGUUUUGACGAUUGUUUAAGGUUUGCUGAUUUAAUUGGGAUGAAUAGGGAUUGGCAGAUGGAUGCUCUUAAAAAGUUUGAUAAGAUGAAGAAGAAAAAAUCUCCGAGUAGCGAUACAAUGGAACAACCACCAUCAUCACCAUCGUAUUCUUCCUGA